AUGGACGUGUACAAUGCCUUUCUUCAGGGCGACUUAGUAGUGAAAGUUUAUAUGCAGAUUUAUGGUUUCACCGAGGUUCUAUCCAAAAGUCAUUUUGAUUACUCUCUCUUUACUCUAACUACUGAACCUGACAUUACCAUCAUCCUUGUCUAUGUUGAUGACCUUUUGAUCACUGGUUCUAAUACUGAUAUUAUUCAGUCUACGCGGGUCAAGAUGAAACAACAAUUUAAGAUGAAAGAUCUUGGACAUUUGCGAUUCUUUCUUGGUCUUGAAUUUUCCAGAAAUGCUUUUGGAAUUUUGUUGAAUCAACAGAAAUAUUCCAUUGAAUUGAUUGCUGAUUCAAGGCAAGGGGGAGCUAAACCUGCAUCUACACCCCUUGAUUUCAACCAAAAACAUACUUCCUAUGAGUUUGAUGUGUCUACAGGAUGCACAACUGAUGACAAAAUGCUGGAAGACCCAGGUGGCUAUCAAAGAUUGGUAGGCAGACUAUUAUAUCUCACCAUGACUAGACCUGACAUUUCAUUCGUUGUCCAGGCUCUAAGUCAAUUCAUGCACAAACCUAAGGAAUCACAUAUGCAUGCUGCGAUCAGAGUCAUAAGAUAUAUCAAGAAUGCUCCAGGUCUUAGCCUGCAUAUGUCCUCAACAACAUCUUCUCAUCUAUUUGCAUAUUGCGACUCUGACUGGGCCACAUGUCCAAAAAUCAGAAAAUCUGUUACAGGUUAUAUGGUUGGAUUUGGAACUUCUUUGAUUUCAUGGAAAUUAAAGAAGCAAGAGACAAUUUCCAGAAGUUCUGUAGAGGCAGAGUUCAGAAGCAUGGCAUCGACAGUGGCAGAGUUGUCUUGGCUAACAUGA